UUGUGAAGUCUCUCUGACCUCCCAUGUUCCCUCUUGACUGCUUUAUGACCUCCAUGUCAGGAGUUCAAAGCAGGGCCAUUAUCAGAGCAGCCUGUGAGUCUCUGGACUUACUGCUGCUCCUCUUUAGAGCUGGUUUGGGAUUUGAGGAAUGGGAAGUGCAGAGUUCCUGGACAGGAUGUGGUGGAGUCAGUCACUGCUGCAGCUGUACAGCCCCCCAUACUGACACAGAGGCUGGCUGGCUGCUGCACGAGUCCGCAUCUGGAGAAGAUAGAACGACACAUCUGGAUAACUCUCCGUCUAUCUCCUGGUGACACAAACCCGUUCAUAAGUGCGAGUCUAACCCGGGUAAGUCGGCUAUAAGUUUGUUACACUUUUACUCGAAUUGCAUCAUUACUCUAUAGGUUAAAGUCCCACCCACGUUUUUUUUUAUUGUUUUGUCAGAGUUUCUUGUCGCAAAAGUUCUCCAUAAUCAGCUUGCUUUUCAUUUCAAAUUCAGCUUAUCUAAAACAUGUAGCUGCAGUAUUACAGCUGCUUCUUUUGUUCUGUGCAGACAGCCCUGGGGGUUGAUGUUAACUUUAAUAACAGGGUGCUCUAACCCCCAAAGUGGUUUUGCACGCCUGGACAUGCACUGUAUAUGGCUGCUGUGACUGCUGCACACAAUGCAUGCCUAUUUCACUAUAAACUCAACCUUUAUAGUCACAUGCUCUAAAAUUGUAUUUUUCUGCAUUAUUAAACACUUUGAGCUGAUUUUUUUCUGUGGCCUGCUGGUGGCUCAGUAAACACACAUCUUCUUCUCCACACAGAUUCAGGUGAUGAUGACUCACCUCAGGACCCUCCUGUCUGCCCUGCUGCUGGUUUUGUCUGCCUCUGAGCCUCUGAACAGCACUGAGGAACAUGAAAAUGAAGUCCUGGAACUCACAGAGCUCACCAAGAGCCAGAAUCAGGUGCCUGAAAAUGCCAUCAGAAACCUCAGUGAAACUACACCGAGUCACCCACCUACCACAGCAGCUCCCUUGACUACCACAUUCUCCCCGAGCCCAAGUCUUGCUCCUCAGUGUCCGGGAAACCAGGUGAUGCUGGAGAACAGCACCGACUGCAGCUGUCCAACUGGCCUGGUGAAGGAUGGUGACAACUGUACCUGCCCCGUGGGCUUCACUCUGGAGGGGGACGCAGGGUGUAAAGAUGUUGAUGAGUGUGAAGGAGAGGGACCAGGACCAUGUGGCCUCCAUGCCAGCUGCACUAAUAACCCUGGCUCUUACUCGUGUAGCUGUCUCCGUGGUUACCUGAUGGGUGCUGGAGGAUGCCAGGAUAUAGACGAGUGUGCUCUGGCUGCGGUGACGGGCCUGCAGGCCUGUCAGGGUAAUGCUGAAUGCAGAAACACUCCCGGCUCCUUCACCUGCUCGUGCCCUUCGGGAUAUGUAAUGGCUCUAAAUGGACAAAGCUGUGUAGAUGUGGAUGAGUGCAGCUUCGAGGAGCAGUGUCGCCGCGAGCUGGGAAACGUGUGCGUGAACACUCCCGGCAGCUUUGUGUGCCAGUGCCAGCCGGGCUUCAGAGCAGAGGCCCCAGCAUGUGUUGAUGUGGAUGAAUGUACGGAGAGUCCUGCGGUGUGUGACGGUCAGGGUGUGUGUGAGAACACGCUUGGGAGCUACAAGUGUGUUUGUCGACCAGGUUACCGGGGAAACGGCACACACUGCGAAGAUGAGAACGAGUGUGCAUCUGGUCAUCACGGGUGUGACACCAACGCUCGUUGUGGCAACAUCAUCGGCUCUUAUUUCUGCCAGUGCUACCAGGGCUUCAACGGAGACGGACACUCUUGUUUUGACAUUGAUGAGUGUGCUCUGAACAACGGCCACUGUCAACACAACUGCUCCAACAAACCAGGAGGGUACAGCUGCCAGUGUGACUCCGGCUACCUGCUGGACCAGGAUGGACUCAACUGCACAGAUGUGGACGAGUGUUUGGCGCUGAAUGGGACCUGCGAGCACAUUUGCGUCAACACUCGGGGAUCUUUCCAGUGCUCCUGCAGGCCCGGCUACCAGCUGCACAUUGAUGGCCGCACCUGUGUGGACAUUGAUGAAUGUAAACUCCAGAGCGGCGGCUGCUCUCACACCUGCACCAACUCUCCAGGAGGACACAGUUGCCACUGCCCUCCUCCUCUGCUGCUCGACACAGACAACCUCACCUGCAGCAAUGUCACAUCCUGCAAGCUGAGGAAUGGUGGUUGCGCCCACAUAUGUACCGUGCGGGCUGAGGGUCAGGUCCGGUGUAGCUGUCGAGCAGGCUGGAUGUUGGACGGGGACCAGAGGAGCUGUGUGGAUGUGAACGAGUGCGGGGACUUCACCAACGGAGGUUGUGAGCAGCUUUGUGUGAACCAUCCUGCUGGGUUUAACUGCACCUGCAGGGACGGGUAUGAAGUGCGAACGGAUGACCUCACCAAGUGCCAGCCUGUGUGUAACCCUCACUGUCAGAACUACGGAGUGUGUGUCGCCCCAAACAGCUGUGACUGUCCUCCAGGCUACCCUGGACUCGGCUGCUCAGCCAUCUGCUCCCCACCCUGUGCCCAUGGAGGUACCUGUAUGCGCUGGAACAAGUGUCUGUGUCGUCCUGGUUGGACCGGAGCAGGCUGCCACACAGCGGUGUGCGAGCUGCCCUGUGCUAAUGGCGGUCGCUGUGUGGGGCCCGGGACCUGCCAGUGUCCCUCCGACUACACCGGCCCCCAGUGCCUCUUGCCCCUGUGCACGCCUGCCUGCCAAAACGGGGGAAGAUGUGUGGAUGUCAACAAAUGCACAUGUGUUGGUGGAUGGCAAGGAGCUCGUUGCCAGAUAGAGCCUGUUCAGUGUCACAAACCUUGUAAGAACGGUGGAGUGUGUGUGGGCCUCAACAGGUGCCGCUGCGCCAAAAGAUUUACUGGAAGUCUCUGUGAAACGGCGGUGACCACCCCCUGCGUGCCGCCCUGCCAACACGGGGCCACAUGCAGUCCUCACAACACCUGUACAUGUCCAGAGGGCACCGCAGGCCUGCGCUGUGAGAAACUGACGUGCCCUGUGGUCACCACGGUGGUCAGUAUGGCUCGAGCCGUACGAAAGGCGUUUAGGGAGAGUUACGUUGACCGCUGUGGACCCCUGGGAGUUCAGCUUUGCACUAAAUACAGGAUAAACCAGGCACGUGUGUACCUGCAGGCCUACCGGGUGGGCUACAAGAUCCAGUGUCCAGAGGAAGGGCAGAUGAGUGAUGUUGUAUAAAUGUCAUGAGGAAACCCAACAGAGAACAUUUUGGGCAACACACUAGAACUGAAAUGAGACGAGCUGUAAACUGUAAAAUGAAAUGGGAGUUAGUUAGAGGGUGUCGUGGCGUCUCUGAGGGCGAGCCUCUAUGUUGAAAUAAAAAGGGGAGAUAAUGACUGUAUCA